AUGGCGGCUAUCCGACUUAUACCGCUGAAGCACAUGGCGGGCAUCAGCCUGCUUGGCUGCGUACUCAUCAAGCUGCUUCAUUUGUUCGACAACGCGACACAAUCCGUCGUUGUUUUCAUCGGCCUAUUUUCUGCACAAAUUGCCAUUUAUUCGGCAUAUGCGAUUUUUGUAUAUCCGUAUUUCGUGUCGCCUCUCCGCCAUCUGCCUCAGGUCAAAGGCGGACUGCCCCUUUUAGGCCAUGGCAUAAACAUGCGAAAAAACGGCCCCGGCGUCAUGGCCAAAAAAUGGAUCGCUGAAAGCCCCAACGACGGCCUGAUUCGUGUUCUUUGGCAUUUCAAUCAGGAAAUGGUCAUCGUCAACUCCCCGCAGGCACUCUCGGAACUUCUUGUCACCAAGUGCUACAGCUUCGAGAAACCGGAAUUCGCGCGUAAAUUCCUGGCUUUCAUCAUUGGCUGGGGUCUUCUUACUGUGGAAGGCGACGAGCACAAGAAACAACGACGCGACAUGCUACCAGCAUUCUCCUUCCGUCACAUCAAGGACUUAUACCCGCUCUUCUGGAAAAAGUCGUGCGAGUCGGUGCGCGAAAUCGCAGCCUCAUGCGAUGAAAAAGGUUACACAGAGAUGGACAUUUCUGGAUGGACUGCGCGCUGUGCAUUGGAUAUUAUUGGCCUUGCGGGUGUUGGGGUGGACUUCGGCUCCAUCAAGAACCCGGAGAACCCCCUCGCCCAGAGCUACGAGCUCUUACAGCCAUCGCCAGCCGACAUGCCGCUACUUGGAGCUCGAGCUUUCCUUCCCGACAUCAUCAUGGACAAUCUGCCGCUUCAACGUGUGAGAGAUGCCGCCAAAGCCUCCGCCCAUAUCCGAGGUGUUGCUCUUGAGUUGAUUCAAGAAAAGAAGCGCCUGCUAGACAACAAGCAAGACGCAGGUCUGGAUAUCCUCACCGUUGCGUUGGGCGGACGUCUUUUCUCCGAAAGUGCUCUUGUUGAUCAAAUGAUGACAUUUCUCUCUGCCGGGCAUGAGACCACUGCAUCUUCCCUCAUCUGGGCGACAUACUUCAUGGCCAAGUACCCACAGAUGCAGGAGCGUCUUCGAAAGGAGAUUCGCAACACGUUACCUUCUCCAGACAGCGAUGCCGAGGUUACCAGUACGGUGAUAGAUUCCAUGCCGUAUCUUAAUGCUGUUUGCAGCGAGGUCUUGCGAACGAACAGCCCGGUGGCACAAUCGGUGCGAGUCGCGAAUCACGACACCACCCUCCAAGGACAGUUCAUUCCCAAGGACACUCUGCUAGUUUUGGUACCUUGGGCAACAAAUACCGACCCUAAGCAGUGGGGCGACGACGCGCAUGAGUUCAAGCCGGAGCGCUGGCUGACCCCCGAGAAUGGUGGUACGAACGCGACCAAUGCGGCGAGCGGAGGAGCCACGAGCAAUUACGCCUUCAUGACCUUCCUUCACGGACCUCAUAGCUGCAUUGGUGGCGCGUUUGCCAAGUCGGAGCUGGCCUGCCUGGUUGCCGCUUGGAUUGGCCGAUUCAAGUUUGAGCUCAAGGACAAGUCUCUCCUGGACGAAAGCAAGAUCAAGAUCAAUCCUAGUAUUGUCGCCAAGCCCGACGGCGGAAUGGAAAUGUGCGUCCAGGUCGUUGAUGGAUGGUAA